GAUUUCUCGAAUACUGGACGGUGACUUUUCAAACUUUAUUCGCGUCAUGAGGUACAAACAUACUCAACAUUCCGGUUUGUUGCCGGACUACCGAAUCGAUCCCUAUAAGCUAAUUGAGGCUGAUCUGAAAGAUGUUUAUGAAGACAUAAGAAAGGAAUUAGUGAGUAACACUCAAAAUGAGGAAUUAAGAACUAUAGCUACAUAUUAUUUUGGAGGCCAGGGUAAAGCUCUUCGACCCAUGGUUGCAAUUCUUGUUGCAAAGGCUAUAAAUUAUCACAAAGAUAAAAGUAGCGUUCUUUUGGCACCCCAGCGGCAGGUUGCAAUGAUAUCUGAAAUGAUACAUAGUGCAUCCUUGGUGCACGAUGAUGUAAUUGAUCAAUCAGACUUUCGUCGAGGUAAGCCUUCCAUAAAUGCGCUCUGGAAUCAAAAAAAGGUAACAAUGGCUGGAGACUAUAUACUGGCAGUUGCAUCUAUGAUGAUAGCCCGUCUUCAUAACGAUGACGUCACUUUGACUCUAAGUCAGGUGGUUACUGAUCUUGUUCAAGGAGAAUUCAUGCAACUAGGCUCCAAAGAAACAGAAAAUGAACGAUUUGCUCACUAUUUAACCAAAACUUAUAGAAAAACUGCUAGUUUGAUAGCGAAUUCAGCAAAAUCGGUAGCAAUGUUAGGAGGUGCUGAUGAGAACCUUGCUGAAGUCGCUUUUCAGUAUGGGCGAAAUAUUGGAUUGGCUUUUCAACUUGUUGAUGAUCUGUUGGAUUUUGUUUCUUCUUCGGAUACAAUGGGAAAACCAACAGCUGCUGAUUUACGACUAGGUCUUGCUACUGCACCCGUUCUCUUUGCUUGUAAACAUUAUCCAGAACUAAAUCCAAUGAUACUGCGACGUUUUCAAGAACCUGAUGAUGUUGACAGAGCUUUUCAGCUGGUUCACAAGUCUCAAGGAUUAGAGCAAACAAAAUUUUUAGCACAAAAACAUUGCAUCGAAGCAGUGAGAUUUGCACAAUCUUUGACUGAAAGUCCUUAUCAGCAAAGCUUGCUUGUUGUUAGUGAUUUAGUUAUCAACCGUAUUAAAUAGAUUUUUUCAGAUGAUUAUUGGAUACACAGAAAUAAAUAUUAAAUGCAAUUAGAAACAGAAGGCCUGCUUUAAUCCAUGAACUGUAACUUAGUCGCACCAGCAAAAAUGAAAAGCUAGAAUGUUUUCAUGUAAUUAUUAAUUUAUGCCUAAGGAGAUAAAAAUGUGUUUAUUUAAUUAAAUUCUGUGUGAAAGCAAGUGCAAAGUAUGCGAUAAAAAUGGCAAAAGAAAAUCAUGUUCAUGGGCUUUUUUAGUUUCUAAGCUUUAGUUUUUGUUGUUGUUAUCUACUAUGAAGAACAAGAUCUAGAAUCAGUGUUAUUUCUUUCAACAUAAUAGAAUUCAACUUAUUUUUUUCUGAAUAACUGAAAAAUGUUUGUAUGAUUUAUUUAACUGAAGCACAUAAAUUGUUUAAA